AUGGAUCCCCAUCAGUACGAUCUAUUUAUCCACAAACAACAAGCAGCUCAGAAAAUUAAACCGGUACAAGACGGAGUUGCUUCUCACCCAUUCGACAAGGCUCGUGAUGACUUUUUGUCAUCACUCUCCACUCAAGAUCGGUCGCUGUAUCCCCCUUGCGCAACAGCUACCGAUCUGGCAGAUGCGAUCAAGAAACUAGGGCACCUUACUUGCCGUAGACUGCCCUUGGAAGAUGCAUUGCAAGUUAUUGACAAGCUCGGGAAUGCUUUCAAACCAUUCUUCGACGUUGUGGCCGCCUUUGUCUCUUCUAACCCACAGUAUGCUGCUUUGUUGUGGGGCUCAAUGCUUCUGCUAUUCAAGUUGGCAUCCAACUUCGUAACAUUCUUCCAGAAGCUGCUCCCUCUCUUGGACAGCCUGUCCAGAUCAUUCAUGCUAUACGAAGAUGUUUGGAAGCUAUGCCGGGGCUGGAAGGACCAAAGUUCCAGAAUCCCAGAAGUCAUGGGAAAGGUCUAUUCCGAGACACUUCAGAUUUUCCAUGCUGCCGUGAAGGUUUUCACGAAGGGCAACGGCAAACUUAAAAGGACUCCGAUUGUCAUUGGGGAACUCAUGUGGAAACCGUUCGAUAGCAGGCUCAAUGACAUGUUAUACCGCCUUGGUGAGUACCGUCGCGAGAUAUUUCAAGAAAUUCACAUUCAGCACAGCAACGCCCUCGCUCGACAAGAGGCACAGGCUGAGGCGGAACGUGAAAUAUUUCAAGAAGAGAUGGGUCUCACGAGCAUGGAAAGGCAGAAAGCGGCAAGAGAGCGUCAGCUCUCGAGCAAGGAGCGGGAGCUGGCAUGUUUGGAAAGACAACAGGCUCUCGGGUCACGAGAGCAUGUACGGAUCACACUUCGUGACAUUCGGAGUCAAUUGAAUGAGUUACAUGACAUUCGGACUCAGUUAAAUGAGCUGGGAAAGCAACACAAAGAGAAUGCCUACGAAGGAUCACGACAAUGGAUACACCCGCCCAGCUUUUUGAAUUCCCGAGACCAGGCAAGAGAUCUACGAGCACCCGGAACGGCGAAUUGGAUCUUCGAAGACCCGACCUAUCUUCGAUGGAUCAAAGGAAGUCUCGACUCAGGUGACGGCCUAUAUCAAUACGGAUGUGAGGCUUUGUGGAUAAAUGGCAAUCCAGGCUCGGGCAAAACAGUCCUCGCGGCAUCCAUCAUCGAUCAGCUCGAAAACGACCUGUCCCAAGAUAAGACCAAAUCACGACAGGAAGUGUUCUAUUACUUCUUUGACAGCAAAUCCAAAUCUCUCAAUACCCAUUCAGCUCCUACUUCAGCGUACCGAUCAAUCUUGGCCCAGUUACUAUCCAGGAAUGCCGACGAUACAGAAAUCCUUGACAAGUUUAAGUUCGUUCAACGGAAUGAGAAAGGUCAAAUGCAGGCAUCUGAUUCUGAAAUAAUCGAGCUUCUUAGAUUAUGCUUGGACGCAAACUCCAUCCUCAUCCUUGAUGGAAUCGACGAGUGUGAUGACAGCGAAAAGCUCGUAUCACUGAUGCUCGAAAUAUGGAAGGAAAGCCGCCCCAGGGUUGUCUUUCUCAGCCGAAUCAAUGUUGAAGGCUUGAAACGAUCCAUACCAGCAGGGAAUCAAAUGGCAAUGUCCAGAGACUCAUUGUCAAGAGAUAUACAAAAGUUCAGUGAAGCUGAACUAGGGAUUCUCUUCGACAGGGCUAUACUUCCCAGAGAUGACCGACAACACCAGGAAGCUCUUGCCAAGUCCUGCUUCACCGACUACGCUGCUGCAGCUUGGAUUGACCACGUCUCGACCGUUGUCAACACCUCACAUGACCCAGGAUAUCCAGGCUACAGCAGCUCUCUAAUAUAUCAGUUCUACUCGCCGGAAUUCCUCAACUUGCUCUCUAGAUUUAUCACAGACCUAACAGCAUGGUUGAGAACUCCUGCAGCUCUUUCUGCGUGGCUGGAAGCAUUCUAUACUACCCAGUACCAUGCAGAUUACGAGCACCCGAACCAUCAAACCCUAUAUCUCCUGGGCGUGUGGCUUGGGAAGGUCUCACAGCAAUAUUGUUGGUUGCCGAUGGCUGCAGAACUUCCUCGAGAUAUUAUGUCAUUAAGUUCGGAACUCAGAGAAAUCUCGGAAACAUGGAAGGAUCGUCUCAAGGAAUCACCUGGCCGUCUCAUCUGGGAUGAAAUGACAGGGUUCUUGCAAAGGAGCUCCUUUUUCUACCGCCCUGACAGCGUGAAGGUCAUGUAUCAGACAGUUCUGAGUCCACAAGGAGAGAUACAUUCUUCAAACCCCACUCUUCAGAUGUCAAAGACAUCAGAUUCUGGAGAUUUCAAAGGAGUACUGAGCAUCUGGGCACCACCGGCGUUUUCGUUAUCGAAUGCUCAUCUCAAGACGAUGGCUCGCAGCGCAGGAGUUUUCAACCUCUUCUCCAUUUGCACUGGUUGGGUUGCCACUUAUGAGGUCUGGACACUUCAUCCACAAGCGGCCCAGGCUGCUAGGGUGGAGCUAUCCAUUGACAGUACAGCAAUGCUACUUCCUAUCCAUACAUAUCUAUCACACCACAGCUCAACCGAAAUCGACAUUCACCUAAACGUUGCACCAGAUGUCGCGAGUUUCAUCAUUGUACGAUCAUCCCAAGGGCUUUCAUUCGAAUGGUCGGCCAGCAAGGGAGAUGAACGACCGGCCAUCCACACAAGCUACUUCAGUCCAGAUAGCCAGACACUUGGUCUGUUGGAAUGGAUGCCCUCGGGGGCUCAGCACCUGAGUGUGUUCGAACUCAUCAAGGACCGCCCAGCUCUCGAGCUUAAUCCGCUUGGAACUCUGGAGUUUGUCCCUGGCAUCAACAGAAUCAAGGAAUUGAUCUUUCACCCUCAUCAGUGCAUAGUGGCGUUCUGUGUUUAUGACAAGCUCAACCACAAGAAUACAGCCUACCUCAGACGCAAGUUCAACACAACCUGGGUUCUCCGCCGAUCUCCCAAGGUCUACCUUGUGGGACUGAGCCACUCUCGAGCCUCGCACUUGUUCGGAUCUGGGGCUGUGAGUUCAACAAUAGACGUUUGCCCACAAGAAGGCACAGUGGAGCUGUCCGUGGAUGCUUCUGCCAAAGAAGUUCAAAUGUCCUUGACCAACAUUUCAGGGAUCCGCCAAACCGCGAGGCUGGUCUCUUUGCCCACAUGGAUAGGAGCCGAGCACACCACGCAGCGCAUUGUGCUUCCAAGGUUUGCCGGCGACACGUUGAAGAUCAGUGUUGACGUGGAUCCCCGGGCUUCCUACAAACACUCGGAGUACAGCCUGGGAAGCUCACCAGUUGUGCCUGCUGUAAUAGAAAGAGACGUGUCAUAUGUUGAACUGGGACCCACAGCGGCGUCGUCCGACCCAUUGUCACGGUUGCUACGGAACUCAACAACGGAAGCGCGUACGGGCCAGAAGAGGUCGUACUCCCAGGCAAGGCUGCAGGAGGAUGAGAGACUGGCAGAUACGCUCUGCAGACCAGGCAGACCACCUUCACUCCGGUUCCAAGACAACAAUGAAGCCUUUGUCUUUUUUGAAACAUCAACCUGGCUGCUUGAGUGCCCCGCGAGGCUGGAUUACUUUGCAACAUAG